AUGGUCGCGCAGAAAAUUUCAACAGAUGAAAUCAAUUCAAAACCGAAUGGAGACAAGAUACAAGAUGAUGACGACGUCGAUGAUGACUCAUUAUCGGUAGAUCUCGAGGACGUCGUACAUGAUGAUCUUAUUGGUGACCUACUCAUUCGGCUGCUGAGCUCUCCAUUAAUCGAUGACCCUCAUUGGGUCAAACAUGAAGGAAACAAAAAUGUGGAAGCGCCAGCAUUCCUUAACUUCCACAUCUCCUACGAAGAAAUCGUCCAUUUGUGCGAUUUAGCGUCUAAGUCUUUUUUGGAGCAGCCUGCACUUAUCCACAUUGAAAGGAACGAUCUUCCUCUUCAUAUCGUCGCAGACCUACAUGGUAACCUACCGCAAGUCUUACGUGAUUACGUAGACAGAGGCGUACAGGGCAUCGAAGUCAUAACGCUGCUUUUCUGCUUGAAAAUUCGGUAUCCUUACCAGGUGAGAACUCGAAAGCAAGAAGAUAAAAAUAAGAUAAGAGACAAUGAGUCAAGUAGGCUACCGAAACGGAAAAGGACUAGGAUGGCGAUCUGUACUUAUAACGCACGUAUGCUUGCAUCGGAAGCGGCCAUCGAAGAUCUGAUGAUGCAAGCUAAGAAGAUCAAGUUCGACGUCAUCGGACUGACCAAGACGAGACGUCACCCUCUCAACGCCGUAUAUGAAACUGGAGAAGAACUGUUUUUAGGAACAUGCGACAGUAGAGGUGUUGGAGGAGUUAGCGUCCUCGUCAACACGAGUAUGGCAAAGAACGACUCUUUCGAACAACUUACGACCCGAAUCGGACGUCUGCGGAUGAGAAGAUGUGGUCCAACACCAGCUUUGACUAUCUUCUUCGCUUACGCCCCAACAUCAAGCUACGAUGAAGAAGAUGUCGAAGCUUUCCAUAUGGACCUGGAGAAGUUCUAUCGAGAAGAUCAUGCUUUCUACAAGGUCAUAAUUGGCGAUUUCAACGCCAAAGUUGGCCUAAGAAGAACGCCGAAGGAACUUCACAUCGGAACCCACGGCCUACAUUGGAACAACCAGGAGGAGAGGCUCUCCGAGUUCAUCAUGACGACUAAGACCAUCCAUGGGAACUCGCAAUUCCAGAAGCCCUCCUCUCUACGCUGGGAGUCACCCAGUGGAGAGUAUCGUAAUGAAAUAGACCACAUCAUCGUCAAUAGAAGGCUCUGCCUGACGGACGUCGGUGUUGUACCAAAGUUCUAUACGGGAUCGGACCAUCGCCUCUUCCGAGGAAAAUUUUCCUUCACAAGGAGAGCAGAGAAGGCCGCCAAGUUCAGAGGAAGAAAUCCCAGAACUAUCAUCAACUGGGAUCUCUUCGCUACGUUAGCCGGCUUUUGGGAAGAUUCCGCAAUGGACAACAUCGACGAGGAGUAUGACCGAGAGGCGAUAAAGGAAGACCUUAAAGAGAGAAGAGCAGAAGUGCUGGCUGAAGCUGCAGAGGCGGGGAAAAGCAUCCGCUAUGCCCGUCGAGACAUCCCCAGUCGCAAGACAAGGAUGACUGCUCUCCAAAACCCGAAGGGAACAACCAUUGCAUCGAGAAGGGGGAUGGAGAAAAUCAUUCACGACUUCUACUCCGAUCUCUUCGACAGCCAUGUCCACUUGCCUCCUCACCAUCUGAGGGAAGACGGACAUGUCAUUCCAGAGGUUCUCCCGUCCGAAAUACGACAUGCUAUCAUGUCGGUACGAAAUCGUACGGCACCCAGUCCCGACAGAAUAAGACCAAAACAACUGAAGAACCUUCCGCCAGUACUCAUCAACACCUGGCGAGGCUCUUUACACGUUACCUGUCGGAAUGCAAGGAUUGAAAAAGUCUUGGAUGAAGGACAGCCAUGCGAGCAAGCAGGGUUUCGAAAAGGAUUCAGCACGAUUGACCACAUUCACACUGUUUCGAAACCCAUCGAGGCAUCACGAGAGUACAAGAUGCCGCUCUGUCUCACCUUCAUCGAGUCAAAAAAAGGCCUUCGACUCAGUUGA